UAACAACAUUGACGACAAUGAUUUUACCCUUCAUAGUUCUUUCUGUGGCCUCCUGUCUUCAAGCCCAGACGAGAGGAAGUGUCCCCAAAGCACAAGUCAUGCUACAGUUACUUGCCAUGGUUUACUCGCUGUUCGGCUUCAACAGUCUCAAGAGAUGCCCUGUGACCUCAGAGUAUGACCCUGAUUUUACUGAUUCAUGUGAAGACUGGAAGACAGAAGGAGGCAAGUCAGGUGUCUACUUUAUUCAACCGGUAAAGUACAGAGAGAACCUGAGAGUCUGGUGUGACAUGGACUCUGGCAGUGGUGGCUGGCUGGUGUUCCAGAGACGCACUAACGGCUCCGUGGACUUCUACAGGAACUGGACACAAUAUGAACAGGGCUUUGGUGACAUCACCGGGGAGUUCUGGCUGGGUUUAUCAAAGACUUCACACCCUGACCAAAGGGAGACCCACCCGACUGCGUAUAGACCUUCGCGAGAAGAAUGGACAUCGUCACUACGCUGAGUACUCGACAUUCAGGGUGGACGGUCCUGAGACAAACUACACACUGACCGUGUCCGGCUACUCGGGUACCGCAGGUAACAGCUUGCUGUACCACAAUCACAUGGCAUUUUCAACCUAUGACGGGGAGCACGACCUGGAGCCAGACAAUAACUGCGCGGUACAGUGGCACGGCGCCUGGUGGUACAACGGCUGCCACAACAGCAACCUCAACGGUCGCUACAAGGACCAGCGGGGUCCAGCUACCUGACGGCAUCUGCUGGCUCGGCGCCCACAACGACUUCAGAAGCUUCACCUACACCGAGAUGAAAAUCAAACCAGCCUAGAACCCCGCUCGCCAGGCCUUAGUGCAGCUACUGUCUCAUGUCCUCAGGUCUUACACUCAAGAUAAUGCUGGUAAUAAAUAGCAAAACAUCGACUCUGUCAUCUUGAAACAAAACAUGGAUAGUUAAAUAAACUACUUUCGAAAUUUGCGGUUCAGUGGAAGCAUGGUAAAUAAAGUUAAGCUCAGAA